AUGCAAAACCUUUUCGAGGUACAGAGCAUGGGACGCGAUCGCCAAGGCCUAUCAAAUGCAACACUCGAACAAUGUAGCCCACGCACAGGAAAUCUUAAGCAUACAGACUUUGCGUUAUUUGUAGCCGUAACAGGUGAUGGGUGCUACAAUGCUACGCUUGCCUUUGCUUCUCACUGUAGCAUAGAUCCGAAAACACGCAGGCCUAUAUCCGGCUACAUGAAUAUUUGUCCGAUUGCGUUCAACGCAAUCCAGCAUAACGAAAUGCAUCAGUGGUUGUCAACGAUUAAACACGAACUGAUUCACGCAUUUGUGUUUUCACCGUCACACUUUCAGAAGUUUGUCGGCGCACAGAAUGCUACACAGUAG